AUGAAACUCGCCACACUCGCCCGCUCCUUCCGCCCAGCAGCCGCCAUGUUUGUCCUGCUGCCGCUGCUCCUGAUUGGCUGGGCCGAGCAGGGCCGAGCCCACCCUGUGGACCGGACGCUCAGCCAUGCGCUCCGGAACAAAGACACGUACCGGGCUGUCAAGGAUGUGUCCAAACAUGCUCAGAGUUUACAGACGGACGACGACUCAAGCACCCGACUGAUGCCUCGAGUCAACAACGACCAGGACCACAUGAAGAUCUGCUGUCUUCACGCCAACAUCCUCGACUUCUACCUGCGCAACAUCCUGGUUCAACGUGACAACCAGCAUCUCAAGAUGCACCGGCUGAAGAACGACCUCUCCCGCGUCAGCGAGGACCUGCAGACUCAUGGCUGCAAUGUGACUCACUACCACGACCAUCGCCACGCGGUCGAGUUUCGCAAGAAGCUCAACAAGAUGGAGGGCGAGCGAGGGAUAAACAAAGCCAUAGGAGAGAUAGACAUCCUCUUCACGUACCUGCAAGAUUUCUGCAUCCAAGUGAAAAACUCCACCGUCGCCGCCAUCACCGCCGCCGCUGCCACCGCCGCUGCAGCCGCCGCCCUCUGA